UUUUAUUGCAGUUGUGAAGUUCACUACAAAUGGGCUUCACUGAAGAGCAAUCUGUCAUCGCGUUUUCUUUCGUUCUUUGGCGUGCGUUGGAUAACUUGCUUACACUGUGAUAUGAUUUGAAAUAGAGUUUACGAGAAAAAAUGUCUUUUGUACAAGAAAAUAAAAGUCCAGUUGGGACGCCAAUGGGCAGCAUAAAAGACAGAAUUAAAAGUUUUGAGUUCAUGAAAGAGAGCGGCAGUACGAGCCCGCAAUCGCCAUCUCCUAUUCCUCCAGUAAUGAAACAUGAAAGUCCGAGAAUGGCGCGACGUAAUUCAUCAAACGAUGGCAGUGAGCGAAGGGAUGAUAGUGAGCGAAGGCACGAUAGUAGUGAGCUAAGGGACGGUUGUAGUGAGCGAAGGGACGUUGGUAGUGAGCGGAGAAAUGGUAGUGAGCGAAGACAGAUGCGAAGAUCGGAACGGCGUGAGGCUGAAAUGCGACGUGAAAACCAACUUUUCGCCUUGAACACCCUGGAGGAAUCUAAACAUAGAGCUACGAAAGUUCAAAAUGUAGAAGAAAAUGUUAGUCAAGAAAUUGGGAGACAAGUUCCAAUAGCUCCUCCUCGUGUGACUCCUCGCAUUACUCCACGUGUAAUACCACGUGCAACUCCACAUGAGAAAGAGAUACUUAAUGACUUAAGUAUUGGAAGAAGACGAAUCGAGAACUAUGCUACAGCCAGUGAACUCAUCUCGGACAAGAAAAUGCUAAAUCCUGAUCCUCGUAUCGACUUACCUCUCCUGCAAAACCAUCAGAUUCCCGUAGAAACCGAUAACAAACAUUCGACGUCAGAUCAUUUUUAUAACAAACUCGAUGUGUUGAUUAACGAAAAAAAUCCUAGUCGCUCACUCGUUGACAUUAUUCAAAAGAAGGAACUCAGAAAGGAAGUUGGCCUUGAAGUGGAUGAACACAUACUCGAUGAUAACGAUAAUCUGCAUUGUAGAAAUGAACAUUUCAUAUACAGCAAAAAGAGUGAUAAAGAGGAAAACAUUGCAAGUGAGAAUGAAAACGACAAGGUCUUUGUUGAGGAUGCUCACGAGAAUUGCAUGGCCAAAAGUGACUUUGUUCAAGGUAAAGGGCGCAUUUUCAAUGAAGAUAGCGAAGCUCCAAUAGACAAUGGUAUUUCUACUGGUGAAACAGAAUUAGAAGAAGAGCAAGAGGUUGAUUCUUAUGGUGAAGAUGACCAACUAAUUGAUAUAAGUGAUGAAUUUUCUUUUUACCAAAACUCGAAGAUGAAUGUUUCGAUGAUAGGAAAAGAGAAUGAGUCUUCUGAACCAAAAAAUGAAAGCUUCAAUGGGCGUCGUGAUAAUCUGCCUACAUCAAAUAUACCUUCAGACAAAGGUAAUUCUCAACUGGAGAAGCAAGGCCAUCGAUAUAAGGUUGAUUCACGAAUUUUGUUGCACGGCAAUGAUGGCCUAUCUGCUAGACCUGUUACAAAAGUGGAAAACAGAAAUGGUUCAGACAUGAAGCUGCAUAAAAAGCAAACAGACGCCAACGAAAAUGGUGAUAUGAUUGAGCGUCAACUUUACAUGGUUCAGCAGUCUGUAAUCUCCUUAGAUGAGUCGAAAGGUGAAGCUAAACAAUAUCAAAUGCAACGUGGAGUUAAUGAAAGUGACAAUAUAAGACAGCUACGACAACGAAAAAGCGAUGAAUCUAUUCAAGUGGCUCAAACGCAGAGCACGAGCAACACAAAAUGCGGUCAUCGGAGACACGGAAGUGACAAUAGCAAAGAGUUUGCCAGACUUAAACGAGAUGGAGCAUCUGAGAUUGAGAAUCCAGAUUAUGCAAUGCAGAACAUGCGAAAGCUAAGCCAACAAAGUCGUCGGGAAAGAUCAAAAUCACUUCCUAGAUACCCGAAAAGAUCCGGCAGCAGAAGUUCUUUGAAAUCAAUUACGGCUGAAAAUAUUCAAGAAAUUCUUUCAAGUUUGGCUGAUCAGCAGAGGAAGAGCGAAGAGCAAGCCAUUCCAAACAGGGAAGACAUUAAAAGCAAUUCACUCUUUGGUCAUGGCAGCCACAAAAGAAACUGCGUUCGUGAUAUGAUUGCAAAAACUGGAGAUUACAGUGAGCUAAACGCGGCCACUCAGAGGAAUUUCUAUGCAAGGAACGUGAUCAGUCCUGAAAUAAAGAAUACGCCAGAAGAGGAGAGCGACGCAAGUUCCUCAUUGGAUUUUCGUGAUCCUUACGGAAGGAAAGCGUUCGUGUGCGCCGUGCACGAAGAACCGUGCAAGUACUACUGCCAGGAAUGCGAACGUCUCAUUUGUAGUGAGUGUGCAAUGCGUUGGGGCGAUUGUCACGAACAUUACUACCUUCGUGUGAAAGAUGCGUGGAAAAAAUAUCGUGAAGAGAUGACGAAGAUUCUGAAAGACGCUAGAUACAGCGUGUCUCGAAUCCAAGACGACAUUUUGGACAACUCAAGGCAGCGCGACAAUUUCAAGUUGAAAGUCCAGUCCACCAUCAAAAAAAUCGACAGCUUUUUUGAUGAGCACGUGCAAGCUUUGGAGAAACGGCGUUUGAGUUUCUUGGAAACGGUCGAAGAAAUCAUGAAAUUCCGCGAAAUUGGCAUAAACCAAGGUAUCGAAAGUCUUCAAAACAACUUGUUCGAAACGAAAACGACCAUUAAUGUUGCUGGUCACGUUUACGAGAGCAGCACCAUGAUGGAGUUCUUACAAGUGUGCAAGCAACUUACCAAUCGCCUCGUGGAACUUGGACUUAGGAAAAUGAAAGUGGGCAUCACUGAAAAUGUAGACAUCGACUUUAUAACUUUUCCAAGUUUACUACACGACAUCGAAAAAGUUGGUCAACUGAAAAAACACACAAAUGUUGCAUCGAAUGUGCCAUCUGGAGAAUUUGGAGAAAAGUACUCUCAAGAAAAUAGUGACGGCGGGAAGAGUAAAAACACCGUUUUUGAAAGAUCUGGUGCAAAGGAGAAAGUUCGACUGGGUUAUUCGGAGCGAUUUCCUUCUGAAAAUCAAACAGAAAUCAUGCCAUCUCAAGAUACCAAUUAUGUUUCAUCUGGUCAAUCGCUUAAAAAUAUCAAUUUAUCAUCUGUAGUAUUGUUUGGCAAGUCUCAGAACAUUGUAAAGCAAGCAAUCAACGACAAAAAGGAAUUGCCUUUGAUUUGGGAUGCGACCGAACAAAUAAUUAUAGAUUCUGGAUUGAUGUCACUCGAUAAACAAAACGUAAAUGGUGAUGGAAAGAAAGUUUCGAUUAUCGAUAACAAGAAAGUUAUGGCUGAUCAAAAUGCUAACAACGAAUGCCCAUGUGAUUUGAUUGACAACAUUGAAGUAUUGAACACAGUGAGCUACGACAGGGCUAGAGCUGCUCAGAUCCCUAUGAAUCAACAGCCAAAUAAACCACAAGGUAGACGUCACAGUAUGGACGAUGUUCUUGACAUCCAACGCAAAAAGGAAGAGAUUCAGCGUCGACUUGGAAGCUUUCAGCGUUUCAGUUCGUCCAAGUCCACGUCUCAACAUCACGAUGAAGGUGAGCGUUAUUUCUCGAGCGGUGAGGCUGAGAAACGGCGUCGCAAGCAGGAAUACCACAAAGUCCGUUUCAAUGACAGAGCCUACUACAGUAACCCAAGCGACAGCUCGGAGCUAGAAGAAUUGCGCAGUUACAAUUUUGAUGCUCCCCCAACUAAGCAAAAAGUUCGUCGACACCGCACAUUGCCAUUGAUAAGACCGAUCACUGAACGACGUGAUGCUAAGAGUCCUUGGACUCUGGACGUGUUCCGUUAUCAUGGUAAAAUUCACUUCUCCCGUAACAGUCUAAAGGCAACGGGUAAAGCGUUCGGUUGGAACGCAGUCAUCGGCAGUCUGGGUUUUUCUAAAGGAAAACACUCGUGGAAAGUCCGCGUUACUAAAUGGACAGCGGUUGGGGUAUGUUAUAAAGAUGACCACGUGGAAAAUCCAAGCUGGGGAGCUGGUAACAAGUGGACAUGGGAUUCAGCAGACAUGUGUUUUUCUCCUCGUUUUGGCGUCUGCGAGUCGCCAAUGGGGGAAUGGAUCGAUGGUGAUAUCAUUGCUCUCGAUUUGGAUUGCGACAACAGUGCAUUGGUUGUGCAUAAUCUGCGGACAUCGCAAACAGACAAACUAUACGGCUUUGAGGAGCCGGUGUAUCCCUACUUUUAUCUGUCAGUAUUCCGUAGUAUAAGCAUCGUCGAGAUUGAUGGUAUUCAAGUGGGCUCAUAGAAAUAUUAUGCAAGUUGUAUUUUUCUAUAAUGGCUUGAUGUAUGCUAAUAAGUAAGAACGAUUGAAUUCUUUCCCCAAUAAAAUAUAGACCAAUAUAGUUAAAGAUAAAACGGUCAUGAUUUAAUUAUAAACACGAAACAUGGUUAUAGAAAACGCUUUCCUUGUUUAUACAGAAUAAUGAAAACACGUGGAAAUCUUUUGUAAAAACGAGAAAGUGAGUGGCACAAGUGUUUCUAUAACUCAAAGAACAAGUAUAUUUUCAAUUUCCUUUAUAAAUAUUCUUUUUGAAACAAUACUAAAAAAUAAAUUUAAUGAUUCUUAUUAUACAUUGUUUAUAUUUUUGCAUUUAUGUUGACAAACUUUUGUGCAGCAAAACUGACUAUAUAGAAUCAUUUCUUGGAAAUAGUUUUUGAUUUGUCUUUUAAUGUUCUCGCGAAAUGUCAAUAGUUAAUAAAUAGUUUCAACGGA